CACAUCCUUCUCUCUCACGUCCAACCCAUCCUCUUCAAAUAGUAUUUCCAAGAAUAUUUCAUCAUCCCUCUCUCCCUUUCUUUACUUACUUCAAAUCCAAUUCUUCUCUAUCCUCAAUUCAUUUUGACUCCGAGCAUCAUCGUCAGCAGAAACUAAGUACUCCUCCAAUAAUGAUGGUUAGCUUGGGAUCCGAGGAGAUAAAUCCAAGGCAGAAGAUAGAACACUGAAUUGCUUCACAAAAAAAUAAAACUCAUCAGGAAGCUAGACAUGGCCAAAGGAUCUUCAGAGACAAAAUCCAUGACAUUUAUAUGCCUCUUCUUGUUCAUGCUCAACUUCCACUCAUCCCACGGAGAUCCAAAAGAGGUUCAGCUUUUAUUAUCCUUCAAAGCUUCCAUCGAUGACCCGCUUCACUUUCUUUCCAACUGGGAAACUUCCUCUGCCACUUUAUGCAGGUGGCAUGGCAUCACCUGCGACAACAACGUUAACUCUUCCCACGUUAACGCUGUGGUGCUCUCGGGAAAAAACAUGACCGGCCAGGUCUCCUCUAUUUUUCAACUUCCAUACGUCGCAAACAUCGACCUUUCCAAUAAUCAGUUUGUUGGGGAAAUCACUUUUAACUACUCUUUCAAUUCUCUGUCUCUACUUCGUUACCUUAACCUCAGCAACAACAACUUCACUGGUUCUUUGCCUCAACCAUUGUUUUCCGUGCUUUUCUCAAACCUUGAAACUCUGGAUCUCUCCAACAACAUGUUUUCAGGGAACAUACCUCACCAAAUUGGAUUGCUUUCCAGCCUAAGGUAUCUUGAUCUUGGAGGAAACCUUUUGGUAGGAAAGAUUCCGAAUUCCGUCACCAACAUGACCACUUUGCAGUACCUUACGUUGGCUUCAAACCAGUUAGUGGAUAAGAUACCAGAAGAAAUUGGCCAGAUGAAGAGCUUGAAGUGGAUUUACUUGGGCUACAACAACCUUUCAGGUGAGAUACCAAUUAGCAUUGGAGAGUUACUCUCUUUGAAUCAUCUCGACCUUGUCUACAACAACCUCACUGGACCUAUUCCUCAAUCUCUCGGACACCUCACUGAGCUUCAAUAUCUCUUUCUUUAUCAAAACAAACUGAGUGGUCCAAUUCCCCAAUCCAUUUUCGAACUGAAAAGGCUCAUUUCACUCGAUCUAAGUGAUAAUUCUCUUUCGGGUUUGAUUUCUGAGCGCGUGGUUCAGCUUCAGAGGCUGGAGAUUCUCCACCUUUUCUCAAACAAUUUCACUGGGAAGAUUCCAAAGGGUGUUGCAUUUUUGCCUCGGCUCCAGGUCCUUCAGCUAUGGUCAAAUGGAUUAAUAGGUGAGAUUCCUGAGGAGCUUGGAAAACAUAGCAACCUCACUGUGUUGGACCUCUCCACCAACAACCUCGCAGGGAAGAUUCCAGAUAACAUAUGCCACUCAGGUAGUCUUUUCAAGCUGAUCCUCUUCUCCAACUAUUUCGAAGGAGAAAUCCCAAAGAGCUUAACCUCUUGCAGAAGCCUUCGCCGAGUGAGACUACAAAACAACAAGUUCUCGGGGAAAUUACCACCGGAAUUAACCACACUGCCUCAGGUAUACUUCUUGGAUAUCUCUGGAAACCAACUUUCUGGAAGGAUCAAUGACAGAAAAUGGAACAUGCCGUCGCUUCAAAUGCUCAGUUUGGCCAACAACAACUUCUCAGGAGAACUUCCUACCUCUUUCGGGACACAAAUUCUGGAGGACCUGGACUUAUCAAACAACCAAUUAUCAGGUUCUAUUCAUCUAGAUUAUAAAAGCCUAUCAGAGCUGGUGGAAUUGAAGCUCAGCUAUAACAAACUCUUUGGUAACAUUCCAGAAGAAAUUUGCUCGUGCAAGAAGCUUGUGGCCUUAGAUUUGAGUCACAACCAGCUCAGUGGUGAAAUACCGAUGAAAUUCUCGGAGAUGCCGGUUCUCGGCCUCCUUGACCUGUCAGAAAACCAAUUCUCCGGCGAGAUUCCGCAGGAUUUGGGAAGCACCGAGUCUCUCGUUCAGAUCAACAUUUCACACAACCAUUUUCGUGGAAGUUUACCUUCUACCGGUGCUUUCCUCGCCAUCAACGCCAGUGCAGUCACCGGCAACAACCUUUGUGACCGUGAUGAUGACUCUUCAAGCGGGUUGCCACUGUGCAAAAGCAAUAACCAGAACCCAACUUGGCUCUUCAUCAUGCUGUGUUUUCUACUAACACUGGUUGCGUUCGCAGCAGCUUCUUUACUCGUCUUUUAUGUUAAGAGAAAGAGCUUCUCGGAAGUGCGAAAAGUGGAAAACCAAGACGGAACCUGGGAAGUGCAGUUCUUUUGUGCCAAAGCAGCGAGGUUGAUGAAGGUAGAUAACGUUUUCUCUACGGUUAAAGAGGGAAGAGUUGUGUCCAAAGGAAGGAACUGGGUUUCCUACGAAGGGAAGUGCAUGGAGAACGGCAUGCAGUUCACGGUGAUGGAAAUCAGUGAGUUGAAUUCUCUUUCGACGAGUAUGUGGGAAGAAACAGUGAAGGGUGGAAAGGUUCGUCACCCCAAUAUCUUCAAUCUUGUUGGGACGUGUAGGUGUGGGAAGAGAGGAUACUUGGUGUACGAACACGGGGAGGGUAAGAAACUAAGCGAGAUUGUGAACAGUUUGAGUUGGAAACAGCGUUGCAAGAUUGCUGUUGGCGUUGCAAAAGCGAUUAAAUUCCUGCAUUCUCACGCUUCAUCCAUGGUUUUGGUGGGAGAGGUUGCAAGGGAGACAGUUAGGGUCGACAUGAAAGGUGUCCCUCGCCUUAAGGUCACCCCUCCCAUAAUGACAUGUUUGGAUGUCAAGGGUAUCACUUCUUCGACAUACCUUACCCAAGAGGCAAGAGAAAGGAAAAAUGUGACAGAGAAGAGUGAGAUAUAUGGGUUGGGAGUUAUGCUGAUCGAACUAUUGACGGGAAGGAGCGGCAUAGACAUAGAAGCAGGAAAUGGCAUGCACAAGAGUAUUGUGGAGUGGGCCCGAUAUUGCUACUCUGAUUGUCAUGUUGACACGUGGAUUGAUCCUGUGAUGAAAGGUGGAGAUGCAUUGAGGUAUGAGAAGGACAUGGUUGAGAUGAUGAAUCUAGCGCUGCACUGUACCACAACCGAUCCGACUGCAAGGCCAUGCGCAAGAGAUGUAGUGAAAGCCCUAGAGAGUUUUCAGAGAACUAGUUUUUGUUGAGUUUCAGCGCUGAAAACAUGACAACUCAACUUUCAUGAGCAUUCCUCUGACCUAUGGUUAUAGAUUUUAUGUAGUCUUGUUUGAGUUUUCACUUUUUGCCUUUUUUUUUUUUUUGUUUUAAUCCUUAAUUUGUCGAAGGUUUGUAGUUUAGCAGAAGUUGUUGAAGAAGGGAUUGCUAGGGAAAUGUUUGGUUGAUAUUAUAAGGGCAUGCUUGACAUAGUGCUGAUGAGUGUAAAAGUAAAAGUAAAUGUAAAUAAAUUGAAUGUGAUUAAUAAAUUAAUCAUAUGAAAGCAAUGCAACAUCUUUGUAUAUUUCCCAACAGCUGGAUCUCUCUUUUAUUCUUCCACUUCUUGUUAACCCCAUGAACUGUUUA